AUGCCUGUUUGUAAAGACGGCUUUUACGGUCAGAAUUGUGCAGGUAUCUGUGGUAAUUGCAAAAAUAAUGCCGCAUGCAAUAAUACUACUGGUAUCUGUUCAACUGGGUGUCAUAACCAAUGGAAUGGUACACUGUGUAAUGUGUGUAAAAAUGGAUUCUAUGGAGACAAAUGCACAAAGACUUGUGGUCGUUGUAAACCUGGAACCCAUUGUAACAAUGUAACAGGGAUUUGUCAGGAAGGAUGUGAUGAUCAUUGGAACGGUUCACAGUGCAAUGUGUGUAAAAAUGGAUUCUAUGGAGAUAAAUGCACAAAGACUUGUGGUCGUUGUAAACCUGGAACCCAUUGUAACAAUGUAACAGGGAUUUGUCUGGAAGGAUGUGAUGAUCAUUGGAACGGUUCCCAGUGCAAUGGUAAAUAG